CUGUUUCCCUUCCCCUCGUGUCCUUGUUUUUGUUAUUGUGCGUUCUGCUCUUUCCCCGCUCUCGUUGCUUGCCGGAUUGUGUUGCCAGCUGGAAGGCGCAGCUGCCAUCGGACGAUGACAUCAGCAGGGCCACGGAUGACGUGGCAGACAGGACGAGGAGAAUGGCGCAGGAGCAGCAGCAGCUGAGCCUGCAGCGGUCCGCGGCUCAGGGCUCUCUCGAGGCGGCAAGCUACAGUGCUGAUGUGGACAUGGCCGCCCUGCUACAGCUGGCAGAGGAGGUGCAGGGGGAGGAGGAAGCGGUGGGGCGGCUGCAGCAGGAUCUCGCGAUCUACUCUGACUUGCCCACGGACAUCACCCUGGCUCACAAACACCUGGCGAGGGAGAGGGAGAGGCUGCGAGCGCUGUCAAAGAAGCUGCAGGCGUGGAGCAUGGGGGAGAUAGACGAGGGUGAGGGGCAGGAGGGUUACGUGCCUCCGUCUCCUGGGGAGGAAGAGACGGUGGGGGCGUGGGGCAUGGGGGACGUGGGGGGGAGUGGGGGGCCUGUGGUGCCGUCUCCUGGAUUCUAGGGGCGCAGGAGUCAGUUCAGCUCAGAAGCCACCUGGCGAGGGAAAGGCAGAGGCUGCGAGUUCUGUUGAGGAAGCUGCAGAUGUGGAGCUUGGGGCAGCUGGAGGAGGGUGCGGGGCGUUAGGGGCAUGAGGGGCAUGAGGGGCAUGAGGAGCAUGGGGGGCAUGAGGAGCAUGAGGAGCAUGGGGGGCAUGAGGGGCCUGAGGGGUGUGAGGGCCGUGAGGGGCAUUUUGGAGAUGGAAGCCACCUGGCAAGGGAGAGGUAGAGGCUGUCAGGCUGUCGAAGAAGCAUGGGGGAGAUAGAGAGCCUGGGGUACGGGCCCAGGUCCCCAGGGGAGUGGGCCACGGGCAAGCUGGAGGACCUGAGCUGCCGAGACCCGGGGUCUAGGAGUGCAAGAGUUGGGCACAUGGUGAGGGGCCUAGCGAAGCUGCAGCGUGGAGCAUGGGGGGGCCGUGGGAGGGGCAGGGGCUCGCACUGAGGAGAAGGGGGGCUCGUAUGGCUGUCCUGUCCUGGGUUCUAGGUCUACCGGAGCCUGUUCAAAGGGUGCCUGGUCGGGUGUUGAGGGGGGGCGGGGAGAGGGGGAGAAGAACUGUGUGCAUGGGCGAGCUUGAGGAAGCCGAGGGCACGUGCUGCUGCUGUUUUCAGGGACCAGAAAACCUAGAAACGCAUGCCAUUAUCGGUAGGUUUCAACUCCAAUGAAUGAAUCGAGGUGCAGGCAAGAGUACAGUGUACACUUCAUCCAUAGCAUGUCAGUCAGGGUGUGUCCAGCGCGUGCGUCUUUUUGUCAAAACCCUACCCAACCAUUUUAGAUUUGUUAUCGAUCUUUCUGACCAGUGAGGCACCUCACCUCACCCUACCGCAAUCAAACGUACCGGUAUGUGCCAGACACACCCUCAGAGUUCGUUCUAGAUAUGCUGCUGUGUGUUUCCACAUAACCCAACCGUUGACUGAA